AUGACGGAGACAAGCCUUCCCACAUCCAACAAGGCCGUGGUCUCGGCUGGACCUAAGAAACUAGAGAUCCAAGAACGUCCUGUACGCCCACCAGGCGACAAUGAAGUGCUCGUUGAAAUAGUUGCGACAGGUAUCUGCGGUUCAGACUGCCACAACUGGGAAAGCGACAAGGUAUCUCGCCAACUCGUCCUUGGGCACGAGUCUUCGGGUGUCAUCAUCCAAACCGGAAAGAGUGUCAAGGACCGGUUUGGGAACCCGAACAUCUGCGCGAACUUGAAGUACUGCGGCCUCGACCCCACCGAUGGCACACUUUGCCAGUACUUCACCUGCACGGCCUCAAUGACGGUGCCCAUCCCGGACUCAAUCUCCUGGGAGGAGGCGGGCGCGAUCCAACCGCUCGCCAUUGCGGUUCAACUUGCCAGGAGAGCCUCUCUAAACGCUCACCAAACGAUGGCUAUCUUUGGAUGUGGCCCUCUGGGUCUCCUGGUGCUUGCUGUCGCAAAGGCAUACGGUGUCAAGAAGGUCAUCAUGUUUGACAUUGAAUCAUCUCGGACGCAAUUUGCAGAGACGUACGGCGCGACCGUCGGUAUUGUCCCUCCGAAGAACGAAGACCCAUCUGUAGAUUCCCUCUCAUUCUAUCAGCAAUACGCCGAGGAACUCAACUCCAAACACGAACUUGGCGACGGUUUCGACGUCACAGUUGAGGCCAGUGGAGCAGAGUCCUGUAUCCAAAUGGCAGUCGCCAUGCUGAAAUCGGGUGGAACUUGCAUUCAGGCUGGGUUAGGAAAGCCCCUUGCAUCUGUGCCUCUGUUCUUGGUCACGGCCAAGGAGCUCAAUAUCAGGGACGCGAUCAGUCUUCUGGAGAGGAAGCUCGUAGAUCUCAAGCCUCUGGUUACAUCAACGUACCCUCUGACAGAUGCUGCACAGGCAUUCGAGGCGCAGCAUGCGAAGAAGGAUAUCAAAAUUAUCAUAAUGAACCAAAGGUAG